AUGUUUGUUAAAAACUGGCAUUGCAUAAUAUUUAACCUGCAAACCCAAAUACCAGCUUGUACCAUCGUACUGAGGCAUUUCGACGAUACUUUCGCCAGAAGAGGGCUAGUGUAUUUGGUGACAUUGCAUAUGGUGAGCCGGCAGCCGUUAGAAACCGGCGGCGGUUGUAGAGAUCAGAUUUUCUUCUCCCGGUUUACAGCCGUUGAUUUCCGCUUUGAUAAGAUGGCUCACGGCAUUGUGGGCACUAGUCUGGCUUUUGGCUGCACCUUCAACUGA